AUGGCCCACAUCGUAGCUUUCCUCUUCCUCGUCGUAGCAGUUGCUACCAUCAGUGCUGCGCCUAAUUGCGGUGAAAACGAAGAAUAUACUACAUGUGGUUCAAUGUGCCCAGGCACCUGUCUCAAGCCAGUACCUUCUUGCCCAAAAGAUGUUUGUGUUAUGGGAUGCGCAUGCAAGGAAAAUCAUUUUAGAAAUGUGCAAAACAAAUGUGUACCUUUCCUUCAUUGUUACAAAGAUUUUAUUCGUCCUGAGAGGAAUAGAAGACUUUGA